UGUCUGCGCCGAUGAUGUACGACAAUUUAGUUGAUUAUCAGCGCGACGUUCGUGUAAUUUUUGAAUUCGCUUAGCCAAAACAAAAUCGUAACAGAGCUCCCCACUUCAGCGGCAGUAUUGUCAUCAAAUUGAAAAAAAAAUCUUUCUUUACUUAUCUUUACUGAAUUUAAACUGAAGAGCUUACGCAGCGUUUAUGGUGUGAAUAAAAUUUAAAAGGACUAGAAAUUCACUACUGUGAAUUUGACUAAUUGGAGUUACGGGGGACGUUGGAUUUAUGAAUAAUUAUUGUAGGAUUGUAGAGGUAUUAUUACUAUGCCCGAUUAUCGUUUGUUUUCAUGGGGUGCAAACUCGCACGGUCAGCUCGGCCUCGGCGAUUUUAACAAGGACGAACUAACGAUAGCGGAAGAAGUUUGCCUGACAUCCGUGAAUUUAAAGGUGGAGCAUGUGAAAAAGAUCGUCGGUGGAGCGGGUCACACUCUUCUCCUGGACAAAUUUGGCGGUGUCUAUAGUUGCGGCUGGAACGACAAGGGUCAGACUGGACUGAAGAAUGCUACCUCGCGCUUUCAGAAGUUGGACGGUUUCGAUGGUGAAAGGAUCGUGGACGUAGCCUGUGGCUGGGACUCGUCAAUGGCAGUUACGGACAAUGGCGACUGCUUCGUCUGGGGCUCAAAUACUUACGGACAAUUAGGCUUGAAUUCGAUCACGAUCGGCACCAAGAUCGAAAAGCCCCUGAAAUUGAAAUUGAAUAGUGCUGUUAAAGGGAUAUCGAUGGGACUGAGGCAUUCGGCUUUCAUUACUCGUGACUCGAGACUUUUUGUUAGCGGAGCUGCGACCAAAGGUCAGCUUGGAAUUAACGUUCAUGGCGUCCGUUUUUCCGACAGCUUUUCAGAAGUUUCAGAUUUGCAACCAGUCAAACAUGUUUCUUGCGGGCAACACUAUACCGCAGUUAUAACAGCAACUAACGAAGUGUUUGCCUGGGGUGAUAAUAAAUAUGGUCAAUUAGGAAUUGAUCCAUCGCUACACAAACGAACACUACGACCAAUUAAAAUUGAAAACAUCGAUGGUUGCAAUAAAAUUUAUUGUGGUUGGACGCAUUCGAUUAUUUUAACCAAUGAUAAAAAAGUGUUGUGCUGGGGAAGAAAUUCGUAUGGUCAAUUGGGUCGUUCGAAAUCUACCUCGACAACUGAAUUUUGGAAACCAAAAGCCGCACUGGCUUCGAUAACGAUUAAUCAAUUAUCAGUAGGAUCAGAGCAUAAUAUCGCGCUUGCCGAUGACGGGAGUAUUCUGUCUUGGGGAUGGAACGAGCACGGAAAUUGUGGAAACGGAAGCACUAACGAUAUUUUCGUACCCACUAAAGUAAAUGUGCCUAAUGGAUCGGCUGUGAUGGUGGGUGCUGGUGCGGGCCACUCGUUUGCAAUCAUUAAAACAGAUCAUUAGGAAGAAGGAAUAAAUCAAUAAUCAAAUUACACAAGCGGGCGCAUAUUU